UUAUUGUUUAGUAUUUUUAUCCUAUGUAUCAUCUGCACAGCUGCUGUUCACUGGAUAAGAAUUCGUGUCGCAAAAAUACACAUUUACGAACCUGGAUUUAAUUAAUUUUAAAUUUACGGUACUAAAAUCUAUCUAUUCUAUCGUCCUGACCAACAGAAAUUUUCAUAAAUAUGGCUGUUAGCCAUUUUGAUGAAAAAAGUGGUAUUGUACCAUGUAAUACAGAAUGGGGUAGAUGGUGGCAAACUGUGGAUGAAUUACAUAUUGAAAUAACACUGUCACUUAAUACCAAAUCCAAAGAUGUUAAAGUCAAUGUCACUAACUCAAGUAUUACUUGUCAAAUUUUAGGAAAAACUUUAUUUUCUGGCAAUUUAUUUAGAAAAGUACGUGCUGACGACACUGUAUGGACAUUAGAAGAUAAUGGUACUUUAUUAAACAUUGUAUUGACAAAAGCAGAUUGUUCUGAUAAACAAAAUUUUUGGGAAGCUAUAUUGGAGGAUGGAUCAUUUAAAGCAGAUCCCCUUACAUGUAUUGAAAUGAUGAAAAAAAUGGAUUUAGAAAAGCUUCAAAUGAAGAUAUACUUGUUGAAUAUGUUAUCAGUUGAAUUGUCAUACAGUGUAAAACUUUAA